AUGUCGGAGGCCCCGAUGGCGGCGCCCAGAGGGACCAUCUCCGCCGCCGACGCCGUUGUCCUCGUGGACGCGGCGCUGCAGGCGGCGCAAGGCGCUGCCCAGCGCACGCUAGGCGCCGUCACAAGUGCGGCCGUGGCUGCGGCGAAGUCGGCCGUUGCGGGCCCGCCGCCCGUGGUGGCGGCUGCUGGAGGCGCUGGGGAACACGGCGACGACGACGACGACGACGACGACGACGACGACGACGACGACGACGACAGGGAGCGCACGGGGCAAGGGGCGGCUGCGGCUCGAGCGGCGCAGCGGGAACGGCGCCGUCGGCGCCGCCUACGGCUGACUGCUCGACGCGCCCUGACACGCGGGAGCGUGGCGGCGGCGGCUGUGGAGAAGGGCGCGCUCGAGGCGGUCGAGCCCAUGGCGCUGGACGGCCCGGUGGUGGCGACCCCUCAUGUCGGUGUCAGCGACGUCCUCGACGAUUCAAGAGCAGAUGCGGCGCGGCCGCAGCGGAUGCAAGAGGCGACUGGAGCGGUGCACCCGGGCGGCCCGAUCGCCGCGGAGGCCGCGCCUGCAGCACUGCUUUCGUCCGCACCUGACCAGGGUAUGGCGGAACCUGGGCGCGGUGUUGCUGGUGCGGCGGCGCAGGAGCUCACGUCCGCGGAAAGGUGGUUUGAAAAAGAGCUCGAGAAGGCCCUCCCCCAGGCGGUCAAGGCGAUGGGCAUGGAGUUGAUCGAGCAAUCCGCCAAGAAGAUGGUGAACAUCUUGGCUCCGAUCAAGAAGGAGAUUGCCGACCUCCAGGGGGUCGUUACAACUAUCAAGGGAGAGCAGGGGGAGAUGAAGAAGAGGUUAGCCACUCUGGAAUCAGGUAAGUCGGAUGACGCGUUCAAGCCCACCUACGUCGCUAUAGUUGGGAUUUGUACCUUCCCCGAGCGCGACUCCAAGGGGAUCAAUCGUCCGGACGCCGUGAAGCUA